AUGCACAGACGUUUAGUGCACCGACGGGUUUGCGCGCUCAACUUCUUCCAAUCUUCCUCCGCCCACAACAGUGCGUGCUCCGAUAAUCACAACAAUUUUGACCUCUUCGGCAACCAGAUUGAAAACUCGUGCUAACAAUUUUCUCCCAAAACGUGCUACUUUCGCGAUCAAACGACGCGCGUUGAUCGAUCGGAAACAACGUCGACGAUCGAACUUGGAUGAUCGUUGCUUCGAGGGGUUUGAUCGACUGGAGAUAAGGAAAAACAUUUUCGAGGGAUCCACGAUCGUCGACGCUAACUUUUGUGCAUUAACCGCUGAUGCGUGCCGCAUUUCACUUUGUAACCGACCUGAUAAGCUAAAUAAUGUCCCUUUUCUGUUGAAUACUUUCGCUAAUUAUCUCGUGCUGACUUCGGCAGCAACGGAAAAAAAUUUCAUCCCUUCGCAUCCGUCGUGUACGAAAUACACAUUGGCAGGCUUUAGCAAAUCAUUUGAAAGUGAGAAAAAUUCUAAUGCUUCGCUCCAAUCACAGAAUUCCGAGUGUCCAAAAAUUUGAUCUUUGUUCCCUCAACUUUUUAGAUUAUUGAGAAUUAACGAGACUUCCGUUUGCGAGGAGAAAAAGGACUGAAAACUACGUUCAGUCUCGUUUCCUCUCGACGUCACAUUUACCUCGGAAGUUCCCACGAGUUUCUUUCGACGCCGCGGCCACGUGCAUAUUUCGAGGCAACGCGUCGAGCCUCUCAAACUUCGAGUCGGUAAAGAAUCCUGGCGAUCAAGGAUCCUCCAAUUCUCCACAAAACUAAUUACCUAAAAAAGAGAAUUCAUUGUCGCGUGAGACUGUCUCGACACUUGCACCAUUUUGUACAGCUAAAGAGCCAUUUGUUAAGGAGCGAUUUGACGCGACGUUUUGUUGAAACGCUGCGAAAAACUGUCACGUACGAAGAGGAGUGCAAACUCUGCGAGGACAUGCGGAAUCUUGGUCGGCGGCGUACUCGAAGGAGCUCCAAUAACGAGGUGGACAUUCAGCGUACGUACGUGCACAAAGAUUUGUAGGGUUUCCCUUUCCGGCUGUUGGUGAAGCCAAGCAACGCGCGGCUGGCCCCGAAAGGUCUCCAUUUUUCAAGCCGAACUAUAUUCGCGCUUCGCCCUCUUUCUCCCUCUCCCCCCUCCCCCGAGUGGCUCGAUCUGCUUUCGUCAUCCGGAUCGGAGAGUGCGCGCGUGUUGCGGAACACGCACACGAGCUGCUCUGCAGAAAGGCAAGGAAGGUGCCGGUAUCGGGUUAUAGACCGGUAGUGAUCGAUAUUAUGGAAAGAAACGACGACUCGAGUCGAAAGAGCGGCGGCAGUUCGCCGGACACCGUGAUUGGACCCUCCUCGUCCGAGGAGGAUGAUAAAGCUCGUUGCGAUCAAGUGAAAAUAGAAGCGACCGCCGGGAUCGGUGACUCGAGUUCGAGCCUGGAUACGGUUAUCGCUGGCGGGGCUGGGCGCUAUCGUCAAAAAAUCGAUCGUCACGAUCAACCCUGUGAAAAGCUCGAUCGAGGGACGAACUUCAUCGUUGGAUCGCUUUCUUCGAACGCCAUUGAAGAAGUCGGCAAAAAGAAGGGACGAUUCGGCGCGAUAAAAAACACUUUUCGUAAAAUCAAAAGAUCCAAGAGCAAAAGCAUCGACUCGGCUGAAAUUUACGGCAAUUUUGAGUACAACGAUGCUGAAGGAUUCACAGGAAGCGUGAAACGGUCGAGCGAAGAGCGAGAGGAAGAAAAAAGGAGCUUGGACGAGGUCCAAGCGAUUUCGAGCGGGACGUCGGCAGCGGCAGCAGCGACGGGGAAGAAGAAGAAGAAACGUAAUUCGCUGGUGCGUAAGCUCAGCCUGAACAAGUUCAGGCUGGGCUCAAGCGAGCACCAGCACCAACAACCGCACCAGCAGGAACACCAUCUACGAGAAUCGACCCGUCAAACACCUGAGGGUGGCGACAGCAGCCGUUCCCAGAGCCAAUCGUCGCAUGAAUCGAGCAUCAACACGGACAGCGCUUCGCCGAGGCAUCAAAAGAAUCGUCACCAGUCUCGGGAGGCUGAUAAUAGCAGCAACGACGAAACGACAUUGGAAAAGAGGCGAUCACCGGGCGAUAGGCGUGACGACGAGGCUGGCAGACAAACGGACGUAUCGCGGAGUACGAACGACCGGGAGAAGGGAUCACCCAUCUCUAACCAACAGAUUCAAACCUCUCGUGGCAGACAUCAAGAAACUACUCAACGACCGCACCACAGACACGAGACCAAACCGUACGAGAAAACGCUGAGUACCGUUACCACCGUUAUUCGUAAAUCACCCUCGCUUACUAUACGAACUAAUCUUCAGCAAAAGCAGCAGGAGAGAGACGUCACCAAAAGCCCGCACGCAGGUGUCCAGGAGAGCGAGAAGCAGCAACCGACCCAAGAGACACUGAUACAGUGUUCGGUGUCGACGUUACCAUACGCAAUAUCGAAAUGGCACGACCAGAGCAAAGGAGAACACCAGCAGCCAGUUGAGUCCUCGAGAAAGUCGAAAUUUUUAGGCAAAUCGGAUUCGGAGUCGACGGCAACAGCUCCAACGACCCCGCCGAUCGAGUUGCGUCGUAAGUUGUCGUUGCUGGAGGAGAAGCGAGCGAUAUUCCAGCGGCGAAGAUACGAAACCUCGCAGGACUCGUCGUGCGAUAUUUCCCACGACACAGUAGUCGCAGCGUCGCUUGGAUCGACGAGAAAAGACUCCUGCGAUCCGGAGAACACGGUCAAACGCGCCCGGCACAUAAGCGUCCGGAAGUUCGACACUUUCUCGACUUUCGAGGGCACCUUUGACGAAGAUACAGGAGUCGGUUAUCUCGCCGGCAUCGAAGAAGUUCACAGUGAAAAUUAUCUCACCGAGCCCCGGAAAUACGGGAAAGAUAAAAAAGGCACAGCUCUCGUUGAUGAGUACGAGGAAGCCGGAAACGCUAUGCAGCAACCGGGGAACGAUAAUGCGGAAGGAUCUACUUCCUUGAGCCAGGAGAGUGUGUCGUCACAAAACAACGCUCCGAACACGGGGAUCGGCGAGAAGCGAGAGCACCUGUACAAGAUUCUCGUGAUCGGUGAACUCGGCGCCGGAAAAACGUCGAUCAUAAAGCGUUACGUUCACCAGUUUUUCUCCCAGCAUUACAGAGCCACGAUAGGCGUCGAUUUCGCGCUCAAAGUACUCAACUGGGAUCCGCACACGAUCAUCAGACUUCAAUUAUGGGAUAUCGCGGGCCAAGAACGAUUUGGCAACAUGACGCGUGUCUAUUACAAAGAAGCUGUCGGUGCAUUCAUAGUCUUCGAUGUAACGAGAAGCGCGACCCUCGAAGCCGUGGUCAAGUGGAAACAGGAUCUCGAUUCAAAGGUCCAGUUGCCCGAUGGUUCGCCAAUCCCAUGUGUACUAUUGGCCAACAAGUGCGAUCAGCAGAAAGAAGGGCUCGUAAAUACACCCUCCAAAAUGGACGAUUAUUGCAAGGAGAAAAACUUUUCGGGCUGGUUCGAAACUUCGGCGAAAGAAAAUAUAAAUAUCGAGGAGGCUGCAAGAUUUCUCGUCAAAAAAAUACUCCAAAACGAUCAAAUAAUGAAAGGCAACGGGUCCCAAGACCAAACGGACGGGGAGAGAUUCGCGUUGAAUCAGUCGCCAACGAGUUCUAAAAAAUCCUGUCCCUGCUGACGAAAAGGUAGAGCAGGUCCUCGAAGGUUCCUCCCUCCGCGCGUUCGCGUCACCGUCGAACAUUUCAUUCGGAGAGUUUCGACUGGCGUCCUUGCACCGAAAAUACAUAAUCGCAGCGAAAACAAAUUCCAACGUGUCAACGCGACGUUCAAUGGGGAGUGAAAGAAAAUCAGUAAAAAAAUACUCUCCAUUGCGCCGGAUCAUUUCUUCCACGAUGAAUGAAUCACGCGUGCACUUUCGUCGUUAUAGAACGUCGAUUAGCGUGUAACAUGACUAAUUUACACUUACAUAAACAUUAUCCACAUUUUUCGACUCCGCGUCCACGUGAAAAACAACAAAAAAUGAGAGUCCCACGUACUGACCAAUUCAUUGAUUGAUCAAACCAAUUUUUCAGAGUUUUUAACAUCAAAUAUUUAUCGUCAUACUCGAUGGACUGAACGCAAGCAGUUUUUUUAUCGAUGGCAAAAUUUUAUUGAUCGAAUAUUAAGGAACGAAAAGCAUGUGAACAGUGAAUUGAAAAAAAAAACAAAAAUCGUUAUUAUGAAGCUCGUUACAGAUACUGGCGAAAAAUCUUUUUCAAUAAAUUAUUAAAAGUUGAAUCAAGCUAAUGAACUGUCGGUAUUUCGAGUCAAGGGCCCAACCAAUUUCAUCGUCCAAUCCAAUAUUUGUAGCAUAAAUAGCGAAAUAUGUGAGUAAAGAUACCAAGUUUCCAAUUAAUAAAUGAAUCGGUAAUAAAAAGUCGAUAAAUAACUUGGAGACUCGCGAUACGAGUGGGGUCAGGGCGAAAAAAAAAUAUGAAGAAACCGUUGUGCGCGACAAUGGAUCGCUUUGGCGAUUCGCGUGAAUCUUAUUGUGCCGUCUCACCGGAAGUGACGACCCGGCGCCACGUAACGUAUAACUGAGCCAUUCACUGCGAAAAUGAGGUAGAAAAAAAACACAAAUCUCCAACAAAACGUGAUGUUUAGCGAGCGUUUAGCGAAUAAUCGCGAUCCCUGUGUGCCAUUUUUAUGACCAACAUUCCAUGGAGUCUCGCAACUCACCAUUUCCUCUUCAGUUAAAUACGCUGCUCCAAUCAUUCAAGUUUUAUCGUACAACUUUUUGCUACUUACUCAUCGUUACUUCCGAGCGAUUUUUAUUCCAACGAAACAAGUUUGAAAUUUAUAAAAACUUCUUUUCAUUUUGACAAUCUAUUUAUUAUAAAAUCUUCAUUUUUUUUAUUUCUCAUUUUAAUGCACAAUCAAUGCAUUCCAACUUUUUAUCAUUAUUUCCCUCGCUAGGUUUUUUCGAUUCGGAAAUUCGAAGGAUGAAAGCAUUUUUAUCACGGAGACUCGAUCCACGCUGAUGUUGAAUCUAUCAUUGUUGAUGAACAGAAUUUUAUACACGCAAAUAACUCUAUUAAUGAAUUAUUAUUAUUCUUAUUAAUAUUAUUAUUAUCAUAGAGAGACUCAUACGUAUGUAUACAAAUAUAGAUAUGAAAAGUAUAUUAUAUAAAUAAAUGAAUAAAUAAUUAAGCACCGACGCUAAGCCACGUCACGUAUAUCUUGUAAAUAAUUGGAAAUUUCAUCGUUCGUUACUUCACCGAGCUAAGGCCACAUUGUCGUCUGUAGAAUUCUGUUUUCUAAGAUGAUUUUGACGGUAAAAUAAAUCAACAGGGGAAAAGCUUUUGCGUUUCGUGUGCACCAACGUCCAACGCUGCUCCCUAAUCAGAAGUUUUUCCCUGAAACCGUUUUACUUCUCAGCAAUCUAUAAAAUGAAAUUCGCUUUUAUUGCUCGAAAAUUUCGAAUCCCUUUUUCGUAGACUCGAAGAGUUUUAGAAUGAUUUUACCACAAAAAUCACCUCUGGAAGCAGCAAUUUCGACGAGAAACUGCCUCGAUAUAACUUCCUCUUUGCCUACUCACGUCUCCGAGUGUCGUCAUCGAUCCUAAGGACGAUUAUUCCGUCGUACGAUAUUCAGUGCCCGUUUUCACUUUUAUAUUAAUGUACGCGAUGUAAUAUCUCAAACGUGAAAGUUCAAUGUCGUUUCGACAACUGCUGAGACGAAUUGUCUCGAAUAUGUGUAUUCACUAAUGUUGGGAAUAGUCGAGAUAAAUUACUGUUCAAAAUUUUGUCAUCGAUCCCCCCAGAGUUUUCGUCCCAAAGUUCUCCAUUCGUUGCAUCGAAUAAUUUGAUUAGGAAAUUCAUUAGCCAAUUACGAGAACGUUGGGAACGAGUAGCUGUCAAAACGCCCGUAACUGCACAACGUUUUGGGACCAAUCGUUCGUCUCCCAUUUUGAAACGUAAUUUACCUUUUCUAUUCUCAUUUAUUUCGAUAUAUGCGUGGGUUUAUAUCUGUGUAUACGUGUGUAUAUCUGGCUUCGAUACCUUCGAAGGUAUUCCAGAGAGAUUUUAUUAUUGUGUAUUUAUAGAAACGGCGUCAUUAAAUUAUACUCGGUUGUUAA